CCUCUGCCAAGUGGGAUUUUGAAUUCCCCCCUUUCCAAGCAGCUGGGAAUCUGAUGUCUGGGGCCGGAGAGUUAAAGGAGCCGGAUCCAGAAACCAAAAUGGAGGAACAGGAGCCCGCUGGACCCGAAGCGCACAAGCGUUUGGAGGAGGGAGAGCGAGACCUCCACGUCAUCCAAAUCGGAGCCUCCGGGGAGCUGUUGGAAGGCUCCGUGGCCCCCCAGCAGUUUAAACGGGAGCCGGAAGACCAGUGCUGGGAGACCCAAUUGCAGGACUUUCUGAAGACCAUGCAGCCCAGCCGGUCAGCAUGGAGGCGCUCGCCGCCCCCUCCCUACACGGCAGGCGAAGACACCAAGUAUUUCCAGAGCUCCUUCAAGGGUGGAGAGGAAGGCGGUCGGUGGCCUAAGGUGCAGUGCGCCCAGAGCACGUCGGCCGUCGGCAGAGACGACAGCAAAGGCUACGAGAGCGGCCGGGAUUCGCCUGUGAAAGUCAAGGAGGAAGUCCUGGACGAGGAUCCGGCCAACGCUGAGAUGCGGAGGCAGCGGUUUCGUCUCUUCUGCUACGAGGAGGCCGAGGGACCCCGAGAGGCUUGCAACAAGCUCUGGGAACUCUGCCACCAGUGGCUGCAGCCAGAGACCCACACCAAAGAGCAGAUCCUGGAAUUCUUGAUCCUGGAGCAGUUCCUGACCGUCCUGCCCCCGGAGAUGCAGAGCUGGGUCCGGGAGCACAGCCCCGAGACCUGCACUCGGGCCGUUGCCCUGGCGGAACGUUUCCUUCAGGAUUCUGAGGAGCCCGAACAGAAGAUGCCAGGAUCUCUUAAUUCCCCCAAGUCAGACCAUUCUCCACCUGUUGUCUUGAAGAUGCAGCUCCCGCUAGAGGACAAGCAGGAGGAUGACUGGGAAGCUACCUUGUCUGGCAAUGAACAAGUGCAAGAUGAGGAGGAGGAGGAGGAAGAGUAUUUCCAAGCCGAAUCAGUGGGUGUUGGUGGUAUUUUGCUGGAAAGAGCCAAAGGGAAAUGUUUCCAGGACCUGGAAAUGGAUGAAAUGCCCGACAGCCAACAGGGACCAGAAGGUCACCAGGAGAAUCGUCCUGCAAAAGGGGCAAAACUUUGUCAGGAAGGCGACAGAGGUUCCUUCCAGGAGGGAACCCACAGGCACAAUGACUCAGGGGAAAGCUCCUGUCACAGUUUUGGCCAUCAGGAAGUGCAGCCGAUUGAGAAACCCCACAAAUGCUCCUUGUGUGAGGCAAGCUUCUACGAGAGAACCCACUUGGUUAUACACGAGAGGAUCCACACGGGUGAGAAGCCGUACAAAUGCUCUGUGUGCGAAACUUGGUUCUCGCACCCCUCGGAACUGAUGAGGCACGAGGAAACCCACAUGCCUGAGAAACCCCACAAAUGUGGGGUCUGUGGGAAAAGCUUCAAUCAGAAAGCCUCCCUUAUCACGCACGAGAGAACCCACACAGGAGAGAAACCGUACGAAUGCUCCGAGUGUGGGAAGAGCUUCAGCACCAGUUCCCAGCUUAUCACACAUAAAAGAGUCCACACGGGCGAGAAACCGUACAGUUGUUCAUACUGUGGCAAGAACUUCAAUCAGAAAGCCUCCCUGAUUACACACAAGAGAACCCAUACGGGGGAGAAACCGUACGAGUGCACGCUCUGUGGGAAAAGCUUCAGCGCUUGCUCCCAGAUUAUCAAUCACAUAAGGGUCCACACGGGAGAGAAGCCCUACGAAUGUUUAGAGUGCGGGAAGCGCUUCGGUAGUAGCUCCCACCUCACGGAUCAUAAGCGAACCCACACGGGCGAGAAGCCGUACAAGUGCUCCGACUGUGGGAAGAACUUCAGCCGAAGUUCCAACCUUACAGCGCAUAGCCGUAUCCACACAGGAGAGAAGCCAUAUAUAUGCUCAGGUUGCGGCAAGAGCUUCAGGCAGAAAGCGUCGCUCAUUACACACAAGAGAACCCACACGGGCGAGAAACCCUUUGAAUGCUCCGAGUGCGGGAAGAGCUUCAUUUCGAGCUCCCGGCUCGUCAGCCAUAAACGGGUGCACACGGGGGAGAAGCCCUACGAGUGCUUAGAGUGUGGGAAAUGCUUCAUUUCCAGCUCUCACCUUCUAAGUCAUAAAAGAGUCCACACAGGAGAGGAGCCAUAUAAGUGCUCGUAGAGUUGGCGAGGUCACUGUCACAAGGCUGCCCCUAUCCAGUGUUGGUGGCACCUACUCCUGGGCCGGGCAUCCUGUACUCUAGGGAUGGCUUCGCUCCUAUAAUCUUGAGGGCCAUUUUAUUUUCUAGAUGUCAUAUGACAGCACAGAACCUAUCUAAGUGUUUAAACAAGCAAGCAAAUGACCAU